AUGGGAAAACUCAUUCCUAAUGCUUUCAACCUGGCCGUGGUCAUUUAUGUCGCGCUAGGUUCUACAGCAUGCUCAUAUGGCAUGGCCAUCAUUGGGUCCACCAUUGGUCAGCCUUCUUUCUAUGCCUCGCUGGGCCUUGCACAAGCUGGCGAGGAUGGUUAUAGCCGUACCGCAGAGUACAUUGGUGCAUUCAACGGUGUAAACGCUGCUGGCUCUGCCAUCGGCUGUGCUGGUUGCUCCUACUUCGCCGAUCGAUACAGCAGGAAGAAGACCAUUCAAUGGUCUGCGAUCAUCCUCUCCAUCGGUGCUGGUAUCUGUGCUGGCUCUGUAAACAAUGCCAUGUUCAUAGUUGGUCGGCUCAUCAACGGCUUUGGGAUUGGAGCACUUGUCACUGCCAUCCCUAUGUACCAAGCCGAAGUCUCCACUCCAGAGUCUCGGGGCUUCAUGGUCUCUAUGCACGGUGUCAUGUUUGCAAUGGGGUACUCGUUGUCGGGUUGGUUAGGUUUUGGAGUCUCCUUUAUCUCUACGAGUGGCUCGACUUCCUCGUUCCCAUGGCGGUUCCCCAUCGCCUUUCAGGCCAUCCCAGCACUCCUACUCCUUGCUGGCUCUCCGUGGCUCCCAUACAGUCCUCGAUGGCUCAUGAUGCACGAUCGAUUUGAUGAGGCCCACGAGGUGAUCAAGCGCCUUCAUCGGACGAAAGGUGAUCCUCACGACUCUCUUGCCCGCAAAGAGUUCUAUCAAAUGAAGAAACAAGUCGAACUUGACCGUCAGAUUAAUGCUACCACUUCCAAAUUUGAGAUCGUCAAAACGCCGGCCAACCGAAGAAGGGCGCUUGUUGGUUUUCUACUCAUGUGGAACAACCAAUUUACCGGCGUCCUCAUCAUUGCCAACUACGGGAUCUUGCUCUACAUCUCCCUCGGAAUGACAGGGUAUAUGCCUCUACUUCUCACGUCGCUCUGGGUUACUUCAACCAUCCCUGGCAACAUCUUUUGCGCGUUCUAUAUUGAAAGAUUCGGACGACGCAGGUUCAUGUUGAUUGGCCUUACUGGAAUUCUCAUUACACUCAUCUGCGAAAUCGCACUGCAAGCUUCAUUCCUGGGAACCGACAACCGUGCCGGUCAAAACGCUGCCAUCUUCUUCAUCUUCCUGUUCAUCACCCCCUUCUGGUCAACUUUUAUGGACGCUAGUCAAUUCCUUUAUCUCUCCGAAAUCUUCCCUACCCACAUUCGUAGCCAAGGUAUGGGAAUCGGCAUGGCCGGUUUGUAUCUGGCCGACAUUAUUCUCCUCGUGGCGGGCCCGAUUGCGCUCGACAAGAUUGGCUGGAAGUUCUUCCUGGUGUUGAUCAUUCCAACUGCGCUUCACAUCCUUUUCGUCUAUUUCAUGUGUCCUGAGACCAAGGGACGAAGCUUGGAGGACAUCAACGCCCAAUUUGGUGAACAGGUCGCCAUUCAUUACUACAAUGCCACCGCGGAAGAACAGGCCGAGCUGGAAAAGGCCGCCAUGCAGGACGAGGAGGCCGAGCGCAGAGGAAUAGUGGGCAAUACCUUGGAUGAGAAGAACGGUGGCGUCGAGCAGCAAGAGAUCGCCAACAAGGCUGCUUGAAGAGUCUUCAACUGAACAUGGACUCAUGGCCGUCUGGCGGACUGGUAUGGGACACGGUGCGAUGCGUUGAUACAAG